UCUUGAAGCAUCCAUACCUUACUCACAUUGCUUAACGAGUGGCUGUUUCCCUUUUAUCUCACAAUCCGCAGUCUUCUCCUUGCUUCAAUUCUUCUCUCUGUAGACUUUACCUAUUUGCAACUAUGGACACCUUACUCACCGCUGAGAUAUACGCAAACUCACCCCGCUUCCGGCGGCGGUCGAGUACAGCCGUCGAUGCAAUCCACGACCUGCCUGCCAGGGAAGAAAUGGCGCCUGCCCAACUCUAUAGCACAGAAUCGGGCCGCCUCUUCCAUUCAGGCAGGAUAGUCAUCGCCACCUGCGGACUUCCGGCUCGAGGAAAGACGCACACCUCUGUUGCUCUGGCCCGCUACCUGCGCUGGCUCGGGGUCAAGACUCACGUGUUUCAUCUUGGCGACUACCGUCGCGCUACGCUAAGUCCCGGCAUGGAUGUGCCUGAAGACUACUUCUUCCUCAACGCAGCACCACAGUCCGUCUUGCUUCGCAACAAGAUUUUGAAAAAAUGCCGCGACGACAUCUAUCACUUUCUGGAGAACGACAAAGGUCAAGUGGCCAUUUACGAUGCCGUCAACGCCAUUAGCCAGGGCCGUCGGUCGUUAGCCAAGGAGUUUGCAAAGAAUGGGAUCCAAACAAUCUUCAUCGAAUCACACUGCACAGACGAACGUAUCAUCCAGGAAAACGUGCGUCGCGUUAAGAUUUCCUCACCAGAUUACAAGGGUUGGAAGGACGAGGAUGCAGUUCAAGACUACCUGGCACGUAUCAAUGCACGGAUACCUCAUUUCGAGACUAUGGAGGAGACCGACCUACAUUGGAUCAAGAUGAUCAAUGCCGGCGAGCGGGUUGUUGUAAACAACUGCGCAUUUGGAUACCUCUCACAGCGUAUUGUCUUUUACCUGCUCAAUCUCCACAUCAAGUCACGGCAAACAUACUUUGCACGUGCCGGAACGACACGAGAGGAGGAUUCAUACAAAGCCGAUGCCAAUCUCUCACCAGAAGGCCACGAAUACGCAAGAAAGAUGAGCGAAGUGUUGUUGAAGUACCGUGAAGAAGAAAAGCAGAAGUUAAUCGAGUCUGGAGCGACAGAUGCGUCUCUGAAACCACUGACCAUCUGGACCUCGACACGUCGAAGGACUGUCCAGACUUCAGAGGUUCUAGCUUCCAUGGGCUAUCGCGUAAGGCAGCGAUCGCAGAUGAGCCAGAUGAACCCCGGUGUAUGCGAGAAGAUGUCCGAAGCCAAGAUUCGAGAAGAGUUCCCCGAGGAAGUCAAAAAGCACGAGGUAGAUCCAUACCAUCACCGAUACCCCCGUGCAGAAUCUUACCACGACCUUGCCGUACGCAUGGAGCCCAUCAUUCUCGAGCUUGAGCGCGAAGAAAACGAUCUCCUGAUCAUCGCCCACGAAUCCGUGCUUCGUGUGCUUUACGGGUACCUCAUGGCAUGCAAUGCAGCAGACAUUCCCAAACUCGAGUUUCCCCGUGAUGAGAUUAUCGAGAUCAUACCCUCAUCCUACAACAACGUCGCAAAGCGCAUCAAGAUCCCCGGCCUCCCCGAAUCAAUGGUACCCGGUAGUCCCGAAGAUAUUCAAAUUCCCGUGCCACCAAGUGGCACUGUAAGUCCGCUGUCUGGAGUGGGAACUCCUCCUUCCAACGGCUCUGGCACUGCGACGCCCUCGCAGCCGCAAUAGCAGUAUAGUCUUUAACUCUUGAAUCCAAAGUCACAUGUCAAUUCUUCGUGGUUCAAGAUCCGGCACCGGUGGUAGGCGGCGUUUGGCAAUGAAAGAAUGAGCCAGGAGAGUGACUUUGACUUCGUUUGAGAGGAGGAAACCGAGAAAAAAAUGGAUGUGAGGCAGGCCUUGAUUCGUGGAGGUGGGCUAUAUUCUGACAAUGAUGACAUGAAUGGGUACUUGGCUAUGGUGGCGUUGGGGAUACUUGUGUAGACCUCGUUAGACCUAUACACAUUUUUGGGCAU